UGAUUGGCACAUGAAUCUGCAGAGCAGGUUAACAUGGCGGACGGACUGACGUCUAGGAUGGCAUCAAGAAGGACAUAUAUUCCAAGUAUCAGCAUCAGCAUCCUGGUACUGCUUCUGAACACGUUACCCUCGGCGACAGGGACGAGGCCAAUGCCAACAGUUUGCAAAGGAUGCACUUCAUCAAAACCGCAGCAAGACGUGGUGUUCCUGCCCAAAACACUAAAACCCAUCUACUACGACCUUGAAAUGAGACCCAACAUGUACCAAGGUGAUCCGUCGACCUUCACCUUUGACGGUUACGUCAGGAUAACAAUGGAGUGUCUCAAGGCAACCAAAGAGGUCAUUAUGCAUCUUAAUGACCUUGAGAUAAUGGCAGGGUCAAUAGAGUUUGGAUCGGAGGGCGGGUCGGACUCGCCCGUCUUUGUGUCCUACCAGACAGACACGGACAAUCAGUUAUUAAAGAUCGCCCUUGACAAGGACACGGCCGUCGGUCAGGUGUAUUAUGCCAAGAUGAAUUUCUCUGGACCUCUGAAGGAUGACCUGAAAGGCUUCUAUCUGAGUUCAUACACGCGAGGAGGAGAGGCGGUCUAUCUGGCCACCACACAGUUUGAGUCGACUGACGCCCGGAAGGCCUUCCCGUGUUUCGACGAGCCCGAGCUGAAGGCUCAUUUCAACAUCACUCUCGUCAGGAAGACAGAGUUGAACUCCAUGUCUAACAUGAAGAUUGUCAGAACUGACGACAGGGAGGCGGGUUUUGUUGCUGAUGUCUAUGAGACUACCCCGUUGAUGUCGACUUACCUGGUGGCGUUCAUUGUGUCCGACUUCCAGUUCAUCAGCGGCAGAACACGACGAGGCUUGGAGUAUCGAGUUUGGGCACAGAAAGAGUCGCUGAAUGAUCUUGACUACUCCCUCGACGUCGGCAUGCGCACCAUCACCUUCUACGAGGACUACUUCAACAUCACCUACCCAUUGCCCAAACAAGACAUGGUGGCUAUCCCCGACUUCGCGGCCGGGGCAAUGGAGAACUGGGGCCUUAUCACCUACAGAGCCAUCAGGCUGUUCUUCACGGCGGGCGUCACCAGCAACUCCGCCAAGCAGCAAGUCAUGGUCGUCAUAACACACGAACUAGCUCACCAGUGGUUCGGGAACCUGGUCACCAUGAAGUGGUGGGAUGACCUGUGGCUCAACGAAGGGUUCGCUACCUUCUUCAUGUAUUUUGGAGCCGAGGUUAUUGAACCGGAUUGGGAUAUGUAUAACCAGUUUGUCCUUGAUGAAAUUAUGCCAGUGUUUGAAUUCGAUGGCACCGUGACGUCACAUCCGGUCUAUGUCGACGUGGAGAGUCCGGAAGAGAUUGAACAAAUAUUUGACGCUAUCUCCUAUAACAAGGGAGGGUCUGUGCUACGGAUGUUGAAGUUCUUCAUCGGGGCAGGAACCUUUCAGAGAGGCUUGACGAGAUACCUCCUGUCCCGUGAAUACAGCAACGCUGACCACGAUGACCUCUGGGUGGCUCUUGGAGCGCAAGCCGAGGAAGAGAAGAAGACUGCCCUCGUGGUGGACACAAUGAAGACGUGGACACUGCAGAUGAACUACCCUGUGGUCAGCAUGUCCAGGACUGGUCCCAAGCAGAUCCGUCUCACCCAGGAGAGGUUCCUGUUCGACCCCGCCUCCUCCGACCCCGGGAAAUAUGUGUCUCCGUACAACUACACCUGGAACGUCCCCUUCACCUUCACCACCAGCCAGGAGAAGAACUUCGACGUCACCGAUGCUGACAUAGUUUGGAUGCUGAGAAACGACACGGCAGAUGUUUACGACACCACCGUAACGAUACCAGAUCCGAGUGACGAGUCGAGUUGGAUUCUGGGUAAUAUCCGUCACCAUGGUUACUACCGCGUCAACUAUGAUGAAGACAACUGGAGGAAUAUCAUCAAGCAGCUGAAGACGGACCAUAAUGUGAUCAUACCGAUAAAUCGAGCACAGAUCAUCAACGACGCCAUGGAUUUGGCCAGGGCUGGCUACCUUCAACAGCUGAUUGGGCUGCAGACGCUUGAGUACCUGUCGGCGGAGUUAAACUACUAUCCCUGGAGCACAGCCCGAGACAAGCUGGUGUACAUUGACGAGAUGAUCCGGGGCACGGAGAUAUACCCCGCCUUCCAGGAGUUCCUGAGAUCAAGCAGCGACGCCGCCUUCACGUUUUAUGGUUUACGGGAGCCGGCGGAGGGGCAGAUAGAGUCGUUUGCUCAACGCGAGGUGGCUAGUGCGGCCUGUAAUGUCUUCAACCAGGACUGUCUGCAGGAGGCGAGGGAUCUGUUCCUGGCCUGGAAGGACAACCCACAGGAUAAUAAGAUCACCCCGGAGCUGUUACUGACGGUGCUGUGCACGGGUAUAUCGGAGGGCGUGGCCGACGACUGGUACCACCUGUACGACAGCUACCAAGCUGAGACAUCUCUGUCUACCAAGAGCGACAUGCUGAGGGCAUUAGCGUGUUCUCAGGAAGACUUUAUUAUUGAGAUGUUGCUGGAGCGUGCGAUCACGCCGAGUGAGAUCCCCAAACAAGAUGGUCCCGGUGUUAUUGCGUCAGCCCCCGGGAUCAACCCCUUCACACAGCCGUUCGUGUGGGACUUCAUCAGGGAGAAAUACGAUGUACUUCGAAACGACUACAGCGCCAGUGUCGGUAGCUUCACGUCAAUGAUUAAAGCAGCGACGGCAACCUUCAACACCCAGGCCAAGCUGGAGGAGCUGGAGGAAUUCGUGAGGGUGACCCCUAACCUCGGACCUGGUGCUGCGGCAUUCGAGCAGGCGAUUAGUCAGACAAAGUCCAACAUUGAAUGGAUGUCGCUGAAUUAUCCAAUUGUAAAGCAGUGGCUAGACAGCCUGAGGUCACGUCAUCUGUUUCAAGAUAAAUGAAUUCAACAAAACAACAAAAUCACAGCUACCCGUGAAUUCAACUGAAGGGGGGCAGUGUACGACAAGGGCGGACAACUCUAUUUCAUGUCAAUUCGUGAUCACUCGUGUCAUUCCGGGACAAGCUUUCAGGUUACAGAAAAAAUCGAUUGAUAUCAGUAAUGAAUCAUUGUCAAUAUUUACGAGUAUAUGGAAAAAGAAUUUUAAUUUCUGCAAAUUUUCUCUUUGAUACUAAAUAAAGGCCACAUCACAUCGAGUCAUUUGAUAUAAAUUCUGAAAUGUU